AGAGGUGAAGCAGCGCUGGAGACAUUUAACUCAACGUUCACUUCUUAACACAGCAGCAGCUCAACAUGGCCAAGCCGCUCACUGACCAGGACCGCAGGAAGCAGAUCUCAGUGCGGGGGCUGGCCGGGGUGGAGAACGUCUCGGACCUAAAAACUAAUUUCAACCGGCAUCUCCAUUUCACCCUGGUGAAGGACCGGAAUGUGGCCACCAAACGAGACUACUACUUCGCUCUGGCCAACACAGUCCGGGAUCACUUGGUGGGCCGGUGGAUCCGGACACAGCAGCAUUACUAUGAGAAAGACCCGAAACGUGUCUACUACCUCUCCCUGGAGUUCUACAUGGGUCGCACUCUGCAGAACACCAUGGUGAACCUGGCUUUGGAGAACGCCUGCGAUGAAGCCACGUACCAGCUGGGUUUGGACAUGGAGGAGCUGCAGGACAUUGAGGAAGAUGCCGGCCUAGGCAACGGAGGGCUGGGGCGUCUGGCUGCUUGUUUCUUGGACUCCAUGGCCUCUCUGGGUCUGGCUGCUUACGGCUACGGCAUCCGCUACGAGUUUGGCAUCUUCAAUCAGAAAAUGGUCAACGGCUGGCAGGUGGAAGAAGCUGAUGACUGGCUGCGUUAUGGUAACCCCUGGGAGAAGGCUCGCCCCGAGUACAUGCGUCCGGUCCACUUCUACGGACGAGUGGAGCACACGGAUGAAGGAGUGAAAUGGGUCGACACACAGGUGGUUCUGGCUCUUCCCUAUGACACCCCGGUCCCCGGCUACAGAAACAACAUCGUCAACACCAUGAGACUGUGGUCCGCUAAAGCACCCUGUGACUUUAACCUCAAAGACUUUAAUGUUGGUGGCUACAUCCAAGCUGUGCUGGAUAGAAACCUGGCUGAGAACAUCUCCAGGGUUCUCUACCCUAAUGACAAUUUCUUUGAAGGGAAGGAGCUGCGUCUGAAGCAGGAGUACUUUGUUGUCGCAGCCACUCUUCAAGACAUCGUCCGUCGAUUCAAGGCCUCCAAGUUUGGCUCCACGGAGUACGUGCGGUUGGAUCUUUCUACACUGCCAGAUAAGGUGGCGAUCCAGCUGAAUGACACCCACCCUGCUAUGGCCAUCCCUGAGCUGAUGAGGAUCCUGGUGGACAUUGAGAAAGUCACUUGGGAGACGGCCUGGGACAUCGUGGUGCGUACCUGUGCCUACACCAACCACACCGUCCUGCCUGAAGCUCUGGAGCGCUGGCCCGUCGAUCUCUUCCAAAACCUGCUGCCUCGUCACCUGGAGAUCAUCUAUGAGAUCAACAGGAGGCACAUGGAGCGCAUCAGCAAGCUUUACCCUGGAGACAUGGACCGCAUGCGCCGUAUGUCCCUGAUUGAAGAGGGCGACGUCAAGAAAAUCAACAUGGCUCACCUGUGCAUUGUGGGAUCUCACGCUGUCAACGGAGUGGCCCGCAUCCACUCUGAAAUCAUCAAAGACACAGUGUUCAAGGAUUUCUACGAGGUGGACCCAGACAAGUUCCAGAACAAGACCAACGGCAUCACGCCCAGACGCUGGCUGGUCAUGUGCAACCCAGGCCUGGCUGAGGUCAUCGCAGAGAGGAUUGGUGAGGACUACAUCCGCGACCUGGACCAGCUGAAGAAGCUUCUGGACUUUGUGAACGAUGACUCCUUCAUCAGGGAUGUUGCCAAAAUCAAACAAGAGAACAAGAUGAAGUUUGCCGCCUACCUUGAGGAGCAGUACAAGGUCAAGAUCAACCCCAACUCCAUGUUCGAUGUCCACGUGAAGAGGAUCCACGAGUACAAGAGGCAGCUGCUGAACUGCCUUCACAUCAUCACGCUGUACAACCGUAUUAAGAAGGAGCCCAACAAGGCAUGGACCCCCAGGACAAUCAUGAUUGGAGGAAAGGCGGCUCCAGGUUACCACACCGCCAAGAUGAUCAUCAAGCUGAUCACAUCAAUCGGAGACAUUGUCAAUAAGGACCCUGUGGUGGGAGAUCGCCUCAAGGUCAUCUUCCUCGAGAACUAUCGUGUCACUCUGGCUGAGAAAGUCAUCCCAGCAUCAGACCUUUCGGAGCAGAUCUCCACCGCAGGCACUGAGGCCUCUGGUACCGGAAACAUGAAGUUCAUGCUGAAUGGGGCCCUCACCAUUGGCACCAUGGAUGGAGCCAACGUGGAGAUGGCAGAGGAGGCUGGAGAGGAGAACCUUUUCAUCUUCGGCAUGAGGGUGCCCGAUGUGGAGGCUAUGGACAAGAAGGGCUAUGACGCUGUGCCGUACUACAACCGUAUACCUGAGCUGAAGCAGGCCAUGGAUCAGAUAUCUGGAGGAUUCUUCAGCCCCGGCCAACCCGACCUCUUCAAAGACCUCGUCGACAUGCUGAUGCACCACGACAGGUUCAAGGUAUUUGCGGACUAUGAAGCAUACAUCAAAUGUCAAGACAAAGUCAGCGCACUCUAUAAGAACCCUAAAGAGUGGACCAAGAUGGUGAUCCAUAACAUCGCCGGCUGUGGCAAAUUCUCCAGUGACCGAACCAUUUCCCAGUAUGCUACGGAGAUCUGGGGGAUGGAGCCCAGUCUGGAGAAGAUCCCUGCUCCUGAUGAUCCCCGCUAAACCACAUCUGC